GUCCGAUUUACUGUACUUCAGUUUGUCUAACGUAAUUUUUGACACGAAUGUGUAUGCAUAUAUAUAUACAAAACACUCACACAAUUGAAUCCAUCUCGGCAGAGAAUAUAAAGGUACAUAGAGGGUGCAGUGAGCAGGUAAACUAUAGUGCAGAAAUGGCCAGUAAUGAUUAUGAAUGGAAAAAUGCAUUUAAGAAGAAUAGAGUUAUGAUCGUGAAAGGUUUAGCAAAUCCUGUAGAAGUUGCAGAUCAAUUGUAUCGAAUGAAUAUUUUCACUGAGGAUAUGCGUGACGAAAUUACACAAACUUCUGAAACAGAGCCAAAAACGAGAUUGAUUCUGGACACUUUAGAUAGGCGAGGACAGAAAGGUGUCGCUGCUCUUCAUCGGGCAUUUCUCGACACUAAGAACACAUACCUUGCAGAAGGCCUUUCACCCUAUGUCAGAGCAGUUGAAAAAAUUGAAAAUAUGACAGAACCAAAAGAAUGGCCUCCAAAGAUUGAAGAGAACAGUACAAUGAUGGAUGAUCACGUAAUCAAAAUAAUGGAUAAAAAAAGUCCGUGGUAUAUUCACGAAUAUGGAAAAGAGGACGUUUACAAGAUUCAGAACGAUUACCGAGGAAAAGUUUUUGUAAUCAACAAUGUCGAUUUUGAUGGGCAAUUGUUACAUCGGGAAGCUUCUAAUAAGGAUGCAGAUAAUUUGACAAAAUUAUUCACAGAACUUCAUUUUACUGUAAUACAUAAGACUGAUUUAACAGCCCAAGAAAUGCUUUCGUUCCUCCGCAGCGAGGCUAAAGAGUUAGUAAAAGAGGAUCGCGCAGAAUGUGUCAUUUUAAUCAUAAUGAGCCACGGCGUAGGGACAAAAGUAUAUGGAGUUGAUUGCUUGCCUGUUGAAAUAAAAGCACUAACAGAUUGUUUCUCGACUGCUAAUUGCCAAGUUCUACAAGGAAAACCAAGACUAGUUUUUGUUCAGGCCUGUCGUUCUGUUGAAGCCGCUUCAAUAGAGAAAACUCUUCACUUGGUUCAGUCUGGUAAGCAGGUUGAGAUGGAAUGUAUUGUUAAAAUUGACAAACCAAUAAAACAAGUGUUUUGGGAAAUGAAUAAGGCUGGAGCAAAAUACCGUAUAACAGAAGCAGUUAACCAAGAUAAAUACUCCUUACAAAGCUCGAAAAUCGUACAAACCCUCAUUAUAAAGAAAGUGGUAGAAAGUGACCAAGGAAAGUACAGAUGUCUUGUAAAACACGACGAGAAGGUGUUCUCUGCCAGUAAUUUUACUGAACUGAAAUUGGAUGUAAAAGACGGAGCCCGUGAUGUCAUUGAUUCAGUACCAUCAGUACAGGAAACAGAGAAUUGUGUAUUACCAACAAGUACAUUUCCUGAUCACCCAUCAGCAGAUUUCUUAAUUGCAUAUGCAACACCAGAAGGUACUAUAGCAUGGCUAAAUGAGGAUGUUGGUUCCUGGUUUAUGAGUGCCAUCGUAUGGACCUUCAAAUACCAUGCGCAUAAAGAGGAACUGCAUCACUUACUUAUCAGGGUUAACAGAUUAGUAGGAAAAGACGGAAAUUUCAAAAAGAAGGAAAUGACUGUUGCUGAAGUGAAAUCUAAUCUCAGAAAAAAAUUCUUCUUUUUCCCAGGAAUCCAUAACGACCCACCGGAACUGUUUUAAUAGUUUCAAUUAACAGGAAUAUAAUUUAAUUUGAAAAAAAUAGUCUGUCAUAUUUUGUAAUUAAUAACUAUUUUAUAAAUAAGCUCUAUUAUUAAUAACAUCCUUCAAAGAUGUUGUAUAAGAACAUCCACAUUCUGUCUAAGAGCCCGGAUUUUCAUAUCAAUAUGACCGAAAUCCGUAUUUUUGAAAUAAUAACUACGGACGCAUGAAUGGAACAGAUGACAGAAGAAUGUCUUAAAUGGAUAGAAAUUACGCAUUCCACACGCAUUAACAGACUAAUUUUUAAGAUUUACUUAAGGUGGUUCGGGCCUAUUCGAAGUUUCUAUCAGAAGUGCGUAUUUUUUGUUUUUUUAUUCUAAUCAAAUUGAUCGAAAAAAAUAAGGGGUCACGGACCAUUUCAGCUCAAAAUUUGUCUUUUAAACAGGUAUGUUAAAGGGACCAUUUUUGAAUGAAAUGAUAGGGAAAAUAGAGGUUUUGGACAUAUUUUUAUCGGAAUAUCAAAAAUACGUUCUAUGACACUUGGUCCAAAACUAUAAUAUAAAAAGCUGAAAUAUAGCUUCAAAGAAUGAGCAAAUAACAAAUAUAGGUCACCGAUAAGGAAAAAAAAAUAUUUUGCCUGAAAACCCCAAUUUGGGCGGGAAAAUGGAGUAAAUGAAUGAAAUGUCAUUUGACCCUAUAACAAAUACGGAUAAUAACGAAAAUAGUCUAUUAGUCACAUAACUACAAUGAUUUAACAUUUCUAAUCAAUCAAAAUAUAUAUUAAAAAAUUAUAUCGAAUUUACAACAAAUACUUUUGUAAUUCAUGCGUGAAAUUAUGAGCAGUCGAAUAGUUCUGAGCCACCUUAAUUAAUGUAUAUAAUUCCAUAUAAAUGGAUUGUUUCAAAAUAUUGAUUUUAGUUGCUUAACUAACUCUUGGACUAUAAUACUAAUAACAAUAUAUUAUGGCCCAGCCUAACUUUGUAUAUCUUUUGAUGAGAAACACUGAAUUUAUAAACAUGAUAAAAAAGAUAGUUUUUGAAUUGAUUUGAAUUUAAAUAUUAUAAUUUCUUUACCAUUUUGACAUAAUAAAAAAUUUUUUUUUAGUGCUAGAUAAUUAGUUGGUAGUUUCUCACAUGAAUCUUAACUUUAACAACUUUGAAUUUGAACUGUUACUGUAAUUAUAUACUCAGAUAUGAAAUGAACAAUAUAUAAAGAACAUUAUCUACAUAUGACCGAUUUUACUAUAGGUAGUAAAAACCAAACAUUGUAGCAUAGUGUGCGAAGGAGCACUUCUAUUUCAAAUCUCACCACUUCUCCCUAUCAGAUUCAGAAAAAAAAGUCACUUCUUCCUAUAAUUCUGAAGUAGUGUGAGUCCUACAUUAUGCAUUUAGGGAUGUACUAAGUUCAGGUUUUAGAAUUUUUGUCAGAUGUUUGGAUUUUGUUUGAUUUUUUUUCUACUAUACAGGGUAAAAAUAUUUGCCCCAUGACCCCGUUUUUACUUUCAUAUUUAUAAGACUUCAAUUAACAACUCAUAGAAGGUCAUUUACCAAAAUUUAAGCAGCUUGUUUAUUUCUUCUCUUUCCAUUUGUUUGCUCCUUAAUUAAUGCUCUUCUUACUUAUAGUAUCACAUUUUAGAUUUUUCUAAUUUUACCAUAGUACAUCCUUCGAGACUCACCUUUUUG